AUGUCUACCCAAAACGUCUCAAAACACAACUCUACUUCUUCUAUUCCUGCCAAAAGGCAAAGAUCGUACUCUCAAGAGUCGAUUAGUAUCUCUCCAGAAAGCUCUAAAUAUUCUAACGACAGUUUUAUGGAUGUCGACUUUUGCAAUUGUUCUGCUGACAAGUUAAAGACCUCAUUUAGUAAUUGUGAUGAAGAGGACGACGAUAUUGAAAUUCUUUUAGACCCUUCUCAACUUGAUAUAGAGGGUCAAUUCGUGUAUGAGAUGUGCAGCAUUUCAACCUUUUGA